CGGACAACGGUGCGUCAACAAGUAAGUUGCGCGGUGACCCACCGACCCACCGACCGACGGCGGCUGUUUAACCCCUAUCACUACAUGGUAAGUCCACCUCAGACCUUUGUAUUUAGCUCCUCUGCUCAAUGAUGGUGGUGAUGAACACGAGGGGGGCGUUCCAUAAGUGAGACCCUGGACAGGCGAACACCAGAGCAGCGGUUGCGUAGUGUUGUUGAAGAAUUUGCUGGAUGAUAGAAUCAGUACACCAUGACGUCACGUCACGCUAACUCCAAAAGAAUUCAGGGCCUGGACAAAAAUGUCUGGGUGGCAUUUACUUCAGUGGCGGCAGACCCGUCCAUUGUUAACCUUGGCCAAGGCUACCCGGACAUCCCUCCGCCGUCGUACGUCAAGGAGGCGCUGGCUAAGGCUGCAUCGGUGGACCAGAUGAACCAGUACACCAGAGGCUUUGGUCACCCAUCUCUGGUGAAGGGCCUCUCUCAGGUCUAUGGGAAGGUCUAUGGACGUCAGAUUGAUCCCUUCAAAGAAAUCCUGGUCACAGUCGGGGGUUACGGAUCCUUAUUCAGCACCAUGCAGGGGCUGGUGGAGGAGGGAGACGAGGUCAUCAUAAUAGAACCUUUCUUUGAUUGCUAUGUACCGAUGGUACGAAUGGCAGGGGCCAAGCCUGUGUUGAUACCGUUACGCCUUAAGUCUGGAAAGACGACCAUCACAAGUGCUGACUGGGUUCUUGACCCAGACGAGCUUUCCAGUAAAUUCAACUCCAAGACAAAGGCCAUCAUCAUCAACACUCCCAACAAUCCUAUAGGGAAGGUUUUCACCAGAGACGAGCUGCAGAUGAUCGCUGACCUCUGCAUUAAACAUGACACACUGUGCUUCAGCGAUGAGGUGUACGAGUGGCUCAUCUACAGAGGCCACCAGCAUAUCAAAAUUGCAACUCUGCCCGGAAUGUGGGAUAGAACAAUUACUAUCAGCAGUGCAGGGAAAACCUUUAGCGUCACUGGAUGGAAGCUUGGUUGGUCCAUAGGACCUGAGCACUUGAUCAAGCACCUUCAGACCGUCAUGCAGAACACUCUCUACACCUGUCCGACACCUUUACAGGAGGCCGUGGCACAAGGUAUGCUCCUGAACUGUGAGCUGAUGGGUCAGCCCGAGUGCUACUUCACCUCACUGGCAGAAGAGCUUGAAGGCAAGAGGGACCGCAUGGCUGCCAUCGUGCAGGAGGCCGGUAUGACUCCGGUCAUCCCAGAGGGAGGCUACUUCAUGCUGGUGGAUGUCACUUCUCUCAAUCAGGACCUGUCACAUGUGACUGAUGAUGAGGGUGAAGCCUAUGACUAUAAGUUUGUGAAGUGGAUGAUUAAGGAAAAGAAACUGGCAGCCAUUCCGGUCACAGCGUUUGUUGGGGAUGAGUCCAAGAAGCAGUUUGAGAAAUAUAUUCGCCUUUGCUUUAUUAAGCAAGACAGUACUCUCGAUGCAGCAGAGAAGAUCCUGAAGAACUGGACUAAGAUUUAAUGGGGUGCAGUGCCUGGAUCUUGGGGCCCAAGGCCAGAUAUAAGGCCUCUAUGUAUCUAUAUAUAUAUAUCUAUAUAUAUAGAUAUAUAUAUACAGACUUGGGUUUUUAAUGUAGGACUUUUGUAAUAUUUUUAACAGUAUGCUAUUAGGAAAGGAUCUGAAUGUUCAAUAUUCAGUAUAGUUUACCAUUGUUUUAAUACUAGUAAGUUGUCUGCCUUUGGUUCAGAUACUGUAACUAUGGUGAGGUGUCAGUUUGUUCCCAGUGGAUAUAAACAACCCCUUAUUCAUUCCUAUUGGUUUUUGCUGUAUAGAUUUAUUCAGAAUCAUUUUUUAAAGUUGAUGUUUGCAUAGGGGUUUAACAUUAGACCCAACAGACACUUGACAUUUAUGCAAAAUUCUGCUACGGUCACAGAUAUGGUUGAGCCUCUUUGAUGUGUACAGUCAGAUAAAAUCAGCUGCUUGGACGUUUGGACCAGCAUUUAUAUUUGGUUUCCUUUUCUUUGGGAAAACUGCUGUAAACGUGUCCACAAAUGAAGCAGAUGUUUGUUGUGGUGAGAAAGUAUGCCCUGUUAAAAUCGGUGUACUUAAUAAAGGUCCUGACUCGG